CUUAUUGAACGACUUACACGACAGAUUUAUUAAAAAUUAUAUUUUUAUUUCCCAAUCUGAACAUAUUGAAUUUAUUAAAAAGCUCCGUUCAUGUGCCAGACACUUUUAAAUGGUAUAAGUAAACAAAAAUCAUGCUACCGAAUUGAUAUGAAAGUUACCUUUCGUUCAUUCAAGCAAAAUGUUUGGUGUGUUAGACGUAUUUUAUGCUCAUAACACAUGUGUGUAUGUAUAUAUUUGAGGAACGGCGAACCGCAGUAGAAUAAAGCGGCAGUGUUUUGUUUCGGGACAGGCCGUAAAUUCUGGAAAUUAGAAUGAGUAAGUAUACGAGUGGCUCGAACUCGCGUGACAGAAAUAGAAGUUAUAGUCGUUAUUAUAAUCGAAGACACAGGAGUCCAUCGUCGAGUUCCGAUUCAUCGAACGACGAUUCGAGAUCGUCUAAAAAACAUCACUCGAGUUCCUACAAAUCUAAAAAGUAUAAAAAAAAAUCAAAAUCGUCAAAAUCAAAACGGAGAUCAGAUAGUUCGUCAGACAAUUAUGCACCAUCUAGACACAAAUCCUCGUAUUCAAGUCGGUACUAUCAAAGAGAUAAAUCUUCAAAAAAUCACCGCAGAAGCAGCUCGUCUACAAGUAGUUCAAGUAGUUCAGAAUCUUCACACAGUGAUAAUAAGCACCGCAAUUCCAAUACUAGUGAAAAAAGUAAAAGUUCGCAAUCACAAUACCGAUCAACUUCCAAUGCCGGCAACAAAGAAAUCACUGUUAAACCCCAGUUAACUUCAAAUGCUGGCAAUGGCGAGGUUACAGCUGUUAAAUCCGAAAUAAAUGACAAUACACAACCAACCAUAGAUUGGCUUCAAAACAAUGAUUGCGACGAUGCGAUGAAUCUGGAAAACGCAAUCGAGCAGAUUAAUCAAGAAGGAUUUGUGUUUAAAGUGUUCAAGCCACAGUCGGAACAAAAGAAAGAAGACGAAAGCAUAGAAGAUAUAUCUAAAAUUUCUGAAGAAAUUAUCAAUAGUUUACCGAUUGAAGAAUCUGCUUUUAUAAUUACCAAUCGUGAUCGGCUGUUACAUUCCAAAUAUAAACUAUUAACGAAACAAGAAAGAAGUAUCAACUGGGCAAAACAUUUGUUCUCAUCUGUCGACUUAUUAGAACACAAUGUCGGUGAUUGAAAAAGCUAAUUGUAAUAUGUUUAUAUAGACUUUUUUUUUACAAAAAACACAAUGACAAUUUACCAAGAAGUUGUACGUAACUUUACAAUAAAAUUCAUAUUUUAUAAAUUUAGCAUUUAACAAUUUUGUAAGUACUUAUGUAUAAAUUGUUUUUUUCUAAUAAUAUACCACAUUUGAAACGAAAGAACUGUAUAAACUGCAACCGCAACGCUUUAUACUAAUGACUUAUGUUAUUUAGUUUUACUAGUAUUAUGACACUGUUGUGUUUUCUUUAUUAUAAUUGGCUCUAUAUGACAUUUAGU